GCCAGUCGCUGCCGGCCCCCCUAACCCUAGGCGACGCAGGUCAUUGCGGUCACCGCAUCGAGCCGCCCCGUGGAGCUGCAGGCUUCGGGGGCUCCAUCUUCCGCGUCCCUCGCCUCUGGUGUUCGCUCUCCACGACUCCGCUUCGACCCGGACCGCGACAGUUCACAGCGGCGGAGGGGGAAGGUUCACUGCCGCCAAGACGACCGAAGGACGGCAGCAAACAACGGAGGAAUCGUGUAAUUAAUUUAAUCUUCAGAGUUAAGAAGGACUUGGAUCCCCUCUUCACCGCCCCGCACGACCUCUAUUAACAGAGAUGGUGAUGGACGAGCCCCUCGAUUUCGAGAAGGAGGAGGAUCCCCUCCUUCCUGCCCCGCGUCCCACCAAGAGGAGGAAGAAGGUUAUUGGCUUGGAUGAUCUCCUACUCGAUUACUUUGAAACUGGCAAGGACAAGCUCAAAGUUAAGCCUACCAAAUCUAAUCGUCGCCCCAGAGAAUAUGGUUCAGAUGAUGAAAACAAGGAUGUUAGGGAGAAUGAGAUUACAUGUUGCAAAUUAUUUGAUGACUGUGAGGAAAAGGCCAAAGAGUUGGAUGCUAGAGAUGAUGUACCUCCAUGGGGUCAACAAAUUUUUGGCUGCCAGAAAGCCCCCUCAAACCUUAAAGAUAUAGGUGUGGAAGCUUGUCAACUUUUGCGAUCAUUCUGUGUGAAUGAGCAUCUAGGUUUUGAUCUAGAGAUCCAACAAGGAGAGGGGUUUCUUGAAGGCAUGCUGAUGGAUGGAUGGCUUCUAAAGUUGGUUCAGAUAUGUGGUUCUGUUGAAGACUCAAUAGCAUCAUGGACGCUAACGAAGUUGUUGUAUUCAUCCAAUAAGAAGAUACAAGUUUCUGCAACUGACUUUUGGGAUAGUAUUCUUUCCCUAGAUGAGGAUGACAAACUGCUGGUCAACCUUGGGUAUUUUCCAAGCUACUCUGUUCUAAAAUGUGCUAUACUUAGCUAUGGGUAUCUAUUUGAGACUUCUGGCACUAAAGCUUCAACAUCUGAAAGUGCUACUGCAGAUGGCUCUGAUGUUGGUCCACCUCAUAACAUCAUUGCAUGGUUAAGAGUUGUAUUUGCUUGCUGCAAAAUCAGAAAAGUGUGUUCCAUAUUCUCGGCUUCUGAGGCAGAAGAACUUCUUGUUAUUGUCAUUUCCCUCCUUUUGGACCGUGGGCUUGAAGGCCUGCUGCUUAUAUUGGGAGACUGCCUGAAUUCACUUGUAUUAUACUUCAAUACUAGUGAGUGGGAAAGUAGCUGUGUGAUGGUGGCUGAAUCAAUUGCCCAGAGGGUUACUAUGGACCUUAAUUGUUUAAGGAUAGUUGACUGCAUUACAGCCAUUACUGGGACCAAUGUGUGCGGCAAAUUCCUAAGGAGUCAGCUGGCACUUCAGCUGCUGAAGAUUAACUUUGGCCUUAAGGUGGGAAGUGUUGAAAAGAUGUUGAAGCUAGUCACAUCCAUCAACGUGAAGGAGAGAGAAUGUGACUUUUUCAGGCUUUAUGUGUGUCUAGUAUUGAUGGACAACUUACUCUUCUCAAGUGAUGCAUUCAGAGAUAAUGCCAUGAUCGUUGAUACUUGGCGUAAUUAUCUGCGCACCUGUUCCACGCAGAUUGAAUUCAGAAACUGGAGAUUGUAUGCACCAAAGGUCCGGAACAAGGCUUCGUAUCUCCUGCAAGGUGCAGUAUUUAGAAAAUCUGGUGACGAUGGUAGCCUUGCUCCUCGGUGACUGGGAGGCACAGUACCUAUAGCAGAAAUAGCGGCACCCUGUUCUGGUGCCAUUCACUGGGCAACGGCCAAACACUCAUCGACGUUUUAUGGUACCAGGUAUUAGAAUAGUGGACUAGUAACCCAGGUUUUUGUGUAGCGUAGACCUUGCCCUGUUUUGGAAGACAAGGCUGGAUGCUGCACCACUCUGUCGUUUUAUCGCCAGCUGAUGAGCUUUACCAUCGGCGGAGGAGCGUGCGUCAGAUGUAUAUAGGUGAUCAGGUGGUGCCACUUGACAUGCUGGUGGCAGUUGAUGAUUGAACGUUUACGAGAAAGCUAGCAAUUCCUAUCUAUCAGCUCAGUUGGCAUUGUCCA